AUGUCAGCCACUCCACCCGCGACCAGCCUGCUUCUAAACCCUCCAUUUGUCAGCGCGAAUAACAAACCACCUGCCAAUCCAACUCCAACCACUCUCACUCACUCCUCCAAAUUCUCCUCCCCGUCCACCAACUUCUCCCCCUCUCCCUCACUCACUCCUCAAUCCGCUUCCUCCGAAACCACAACAACUCUCCCACCAUCCCGUCUCUCCCCUCUCCAUACCCCUCACCUCACGCCGACCUCGGGCUGCAGCUGCUACCGCGUGCGCAACGUGUACUGCUGCAAGCAGGCCCUCUGCGUCUGCCACUCGCUCUGCUUCAACGGCUCCGCGCUCCUCUCCGCCCCCACCCCUCAGCCAACCUCAGGCAGAAACAGACAGAAUCCCGGAUCUCUUCCACCCCCCUGCCUUCCGCCUCAGUACACCCUGAACCAGAUACAGCCUUCCCCUGACGGAGCGAGCAGCAGCAGCAGUGGGAUUACAGACGUGCUGUCUCCCAUCCCCUGCAGUCGCAAGGCAGAGUUCGCUGCCUAUCUCAACAUGGCUCUUACCGAAGCCCCCAUCAGAGGAGGCCUGCACGCUGCCAGUGAGGACACGUGGCGCAAGUGGGUUGGUCCGGGGGGAGGGAACAGGGACAAGGGAGGGUCGGCAGAGUGGCGGGAUGGCAGCACGCUGCUGAUACCUCUGGACGACCCCACCACCAAUGUGGCUCACUUCAUUGGUGCGAUGAGGCAGCACGGGCAGCGGGGGUGGAUCCCCUCCGUGCUGCACAUGCUGCUGCGCAUCGCCCUCGAGCCCCUCCUCAACCACACUGCUUCCUCCCAUCACAUCCCGUCGCUCCCACGAAGCCCUCAAUCUCUAGCCGAUGCGAUCUCGCCUGAAGUGUUAGUGGGAGCGUCCACUGGUGCAGCAGCAAGCACUGGUGCCAGCAGGGGUGGUUUGGAGGUGCUAGCAGGGGCGGUGGAGUUUGAGUCAGCAUUCAGCAGGGCAUCUGAUGCACAUCCCAUGUGCUUCCAUCGCCUUGUGCUGCCAGGCUACCUCAAGGCAAUCACCUUCCCAGGGGGCAUGGAGCAGGCGGACAUGUUUAAGCACCGCCUCAAGGAGGCCUUCCCCCACCCCGACCCCGACCCCUUCCGCGCUCUGGCGUCUCCAGAAAAUGCCUCUGUGGGAGAUGCGUCUGCUGGGAGCAGUUCAGCUGAUGGUACCACUGUUCGCCUGCUGUACAUCACUCGCAAUGCAUCGCUCACACGCGGCCGCCGUGUCAUGAGUGCGGAAAGCUCCAGCGCUCUGCUCAAGCUGUUUCACCAGCUCAACUUCCAGGUACGUGCCCACUCCACCGCAAUGUGA